AUGUAAUUUCAAUAGACUGCCGCAUUCAAGGAAUUGCUGUAGGGUGAAAACAGGAUACAAAAAAGCAACUUGAUACGAUAAGCUAAAAUGCUUUCAUAUAAGCCAAGUUUGGAACCAAAAAUAAAUUAAACUCAUCGCAGCGUAGAAGAACCUAAAGAAAAUAAAUAGAGAUUAGGAAUAGCCCUUCCAAUUCUAAUAUCAAAAAAGUAACAGAUUAAUCUAGAAUGUGAUAAAGCAAAAGAUAUUCUCAAGAACUUUAAUAUUAAACUUAUUCGCUAAAGAAUGUGUUAAAAUGAAAAAAUACACAGAAAACUAUCUUAACACAAUGUACAAAACACUCAAUAACUAAAUCUUACUUUUGGAUAAAAUUUUCGCAUAAAAACAAGACCACUUCUCUCAAGGUAAGAUAAUAGUGCAGAUCUCAGAGACUCUCAUUCAGCUAGUAGAGUAAUGUCUCACUCAUAAUAAAGAUUAGUAAAUAAACUAUUUUAAUGAAAUAUUAUUAAUGAUAUCAUAUCUAUCUUUGCCAUACUGCUAAC